GACGGAAAGCCGAGCGGUUGGCAAAAACUAGACACCGCUUUACAAAUAUAGCACUCACCGAUCACUCAGCGAGUUGUAUUAUAGUUCUAGUUGCAGUUGCAUUUUGUGAUCUCUACUAUGAGCACCCUGGCAUUGCUGGCCUUUGUCCUUUGGGCCUUGUUUCUGCGCUAUUUGCCGCAGAUCCUGAACUUUUUGCGUCUACAAAGAUUCGCCAAGACGCUGCCAGGACCUUCGGUGGGCGAGUUGAUAGCGAAUGUGAAGAAGGGGGAGAUCCUCAAUUGGCUGAAGGAGCUGAGGGAGCGACAUGGCCCUGUUUUUCGCAUUUGGUUCGGCAAGGACCUCAUGGUAAUGUUCAGCGAUCCGGAGGACAUCAAACAGCUGCUGGGCAACAACACGCUGCUGUUCAAGUCCAAAAACUAUGAACUCGUAGAGCCCUGGCUGGGCAAGGGUCUGCUUACCAAUGGCGGUGAGUCCUGGCAUCGUCGUCGCAAGCUCCUCACGCCGGGCUUCCAUUUCCGCAUCCUUGGCGAGUUCAAGGAGCCCAUGGAGGAGAACUGUCGCAUCCUAGUGCGCCGCCUCCGGGAGAAGGCCAACGGUGAGUCCUUCGACAUUUAUCCGUACAUCACCCUGUUCGCCCUGGAUGCCAUCUGUGAGACGGCCAUGGGCAUAAGGAAGCAUGCCCAGCUGCAGAGCGAUUCCGAGUAUGUUCAGGCAGUGCAAAAGAUCUGCCGGGUGAUGCACAAGCAGAGCUUCUCGUUUUGGCAGCGCCUAAACAUCUUCUUCCGCCACACCAAGCCGGGCAAGGAGCGCGAUGCCGCCCUGAAGGUGCUCCACGACGAGACGAACCGCGUGAUCCGCCUGCGCAGGGAGCAGCUACUCCAGGAGCGGGCCGAAGCCCGGCCCGAGGCCGAGCAGGACGAUGUGGGCGGCAAGCGGCGAUUGGCCUUCCUGGACAUGCUUCUCCUCAGCCAAAUGGAGGGCGGCGCCGAGCUAACCGACACCGACAUCCGCGAGGAGGUCGAUACCUUCAUGUUCGAGGGCCACGACACCACCAGCUCGGCCAUUGCCUUCACCCUCAGUCUGCUGUCCAAGCACGCGGCCAUCCAGCAACGGGCAUACGAGGAAGUCUCCGAGCUGGAGGGCAGGGAGAAGGAACCGAUGCCGUAUUUGGAGGCGGUGAUCAAGGAGUCGCUGCGAAUCUAUCCCUCGGUGCCGUUCUUUUCGCGCAAGGUCAUGGAGGAUCUGCCCGUGGGCAAGCUGACGGUGCCCAAGGGCGCCUCGAUCUCGUGCCUCAUUUAUAUGCUGCAUCGGGAUCCCGCCAACUUUCCCGAUCCGGAACGCUUCGAUCCCGAGCGUUUCCUGCUCAACGAGAAGCAAAUGCAUCCGUUUGCCUUUGCCGCCUUCAGUGCGGGUCCCAGGAAUUGCAUAGGCCAAAAGUUCGCCAUGCUGGAACUGAAGACCUCUUUGUCGAUGCUGCUGCGCAGCUAUCGCUUCCUGCCAGACGAGGAUUAUCAGCCCCAGCCUUUGGCCGAGUUGGUGAUGAAGAGUGGCAACGGGAUUAGAGUUCGGAUUGUGCCACGCGACCAGGAGGUCAGCUCAGCAUAAUGUAUAUAUUUUUUUUAUUUUUGUAUUUUUUUUUUGUUUAUAAAUAAUACUCUAGCUUAUAAAUUUAAUUUUUAAUUUUA